AUGGAGAGUAACAUAUCCAACAUCAAACAAGAACUCAGAAUCCAUAGCGAAAAACUGGAAGGGGCCGAUCUUGAUCACACCAUUCUAGAAGAAAGAAUCAGUAAGGUGGAAAGUGAGAGAGAUCGGUUGUGGGAGGAAUGUGACUAUCAGAGGGAGAAAAUCAUUGAACUCCAGACGAGGUCUAUGAAGGACAACUUGCUGAUUGGUGGUAUACCCGAGACCAAUGAGGCUACGGAUGAUCCCGAAGCCCUAUUGAAGAACUUUAUCAAGACUGAGUUGGGUGUAGAAAACGACAUCAACUUCCAGCUUGUCCAUCGAAUAAGAAGACGGUCAGACGGCAAGCCACGUUCUAUGAUAGCGAAAUUCACUUCACGGAAAGACCGCGAUAUGGUCUUGAAUGCUGCCCCCGUUAAGCUAGUCGGUAAGCCCCAAUUCACUGUCAACGAGCAAUACCCCCCUGAGGUAAAUGAAAGAAGGAGAAUCCUGUACCCUGUGUUCAAAGAAGCUCGUAGGCGCGGCCAAACGGCUCGUAUGAAAGUCGACAAGUUGUACAUCGAUGGAUAUCUGUACAACCCACCUACUCACGACCCUUCCCGAAACGAUGGCCCACGGGAUCGCUUUGGUGAUCAUUCCAGAUCCCAGGACCAACGAUGGACCAGUCAGCCACCCAAUAGGCACAACUAUCAUGGUCCACCAGCGCCCCCUAGUGGACAUCAGCAUGACAGCCAGUGA